GGUGCGCACUUGUGCACAGAAACCCUCCCGAGAGCGCGCAGACUUCAUGGAUCCGAGCAAUUUGCAGCACUGUUGAGUUUUGUAGCAGCAUCUCUGCUUUGGUCACGAUGCAUCUCUGAGAGGGAGGUUGGCUUAUUUUCCAGCAAGAGGAAGGGAGGGAAGAAUAAGAAGAAGAAGACCUCCUUUUGGGCACAUUGGUUUCUACUUCUGUCCAGAGAUGAUGUUUUCCUCUGCAGGCAAACGCUGCUUCACCAUAGAGUCUCUGGUCGCCAAAGAGAACCCUCUAAUCCCCGAGGACCCCAUCCGUCCGACGGCUUUGAGCUACUCCAACCCGACGACGGAUGCCUUAAUGAACAGUUACCAGAACCCGCCGGCCAGGACCCUCUACCAGAGCCCGGACCUGGUGUUCCCGGAGAACCACCCCUCCCUCACCGUGGCUCCCCACCAGCUCGGAGGCUCCCACCACUUACAGCAUCCGCACUUCUUCGGGACGCAGCACCGAGACCCGCUCAACUUCUACCCCUGGGUCCUGCGGAACCGCUUUUUCGGACACCGGUUUCAAGGUAACGAGGUGCCGCAGGACAGCCUGCUCCUCCACGGCCCUUUCGCCAGGAAACCCAAGCGCAUCCGGACGGCCUUCUCUCCGUCCCAGCUGCUGCGCCUGGAGAGAGCCUUCGAGAAGAACCACUACGUGGUGGGGGCCGAGCGGAAGCAGCUGGCGAACGGCUUGAGUCUGUCCGAAACACAGGUGAAGGUGUGGUUCCAGAACAGGAGGACCAAGUACAAGCGCCAGAAGCUGGAGGAGGAGGGACCCGACAGCCAGCAGAAGAAGAAGGGAAACCACCACAUCAACAGAUGGCGCAUGGCCACCAAGCAGCCCGGCUCCGAGGACAUAGACGUCACCUCGGAGGACUAAAAGCCCCCAACGACGACGAUGCCGCCGCAUCAGAGGACCAACACUAUUUAUUAUGUAAUAUUAUUAAGUAUAACUAGACACAUUAGAGGAAGGACUAAAUACGUCAUCGCUGUUCUUCUCCUCAUUGGGGUGCUACACUGGAAAGAAAAAAAAACCCACAUCUUAUUUAAAGACAUGCGGAUGAGGAGAGAUCCGACCACGGGUGACGGGAAACCACGGCAAACCUCUAUCGCAGUCCAUUCGUUUUUAAAAAAAUAUUGUACGUGUAUAAAGGGUUUUCUUUAAAAGAGGCCAUUCGUUUUGUUAAGUCGGCUUUUCUGCCACCAUCUUAGGUCAUUAACACCUCAUUACUCAGCCCAUCCGCUCUGCCACCUGUGUACCGUGUUAAUCUGAAUGAUGAUGUCGUCGCACACUUUUAGACACCCUCACCCUCACCCCCACCCCUACCCUCACCCCCACCCUCGGGCCUGUUGGCUGAACAGGCCAGAGGAACAAAACAGGAAAUGAACAAUGUGUGAAAGAAAAACCCAAAUCUGCAGCAUAAUUAUUUUUUGGGUGGGGGUUCAUCGGUGAACUGACACCCGGUCCGGCGCUCCGCCUCUGCGUGGAGCUUUGGCACACGGAGGCGAUUCACGGGCAGCUGCGCGUGACUCGACGGGACGCAGCGAGGACGUGGUCCUGGUGUGCUGCUCCUCCAACGGCUGCAGGUUUCACCAAGAGCCGGGUGUAGAACCACGAAACCACACACGAGAACGCACUCGAGGAGAACGUGUAAUUACAAAAAGAUGUUUUAGAAAUAAAAGCCGUUUCUCUGAUGAGAAAGGUCAGACUUUU